GGGAGGGAGGGAGGGGAGAGAGCACGCACGCAGAGUAGACGAGAUAUAUUUGAAAAUAUACGACAUGUUCGACACGGAAAGAUUUAUCGAGGAGAUCGAGAAAAGGCCGGCGAUCUACGAUGUGAAUCGUAGCGAGUACAACGACCGUAACGCCAAGAUGAGCGCGUGGGAAGAGGUUUGUCAGGUGAUGGUACCGAACUGGACGCGUUUGUCGGACGAAGAGAGAAACAUGGAAGAAAAGAGCUUGCGAGGGAAGUGGAGAAAUAUACGCGACUAUUUCAUGAAAGAGUUCAAACUGCAGCUACAGAAGUCCCUGAAACCGGAUUCGGUACGCCGGAAGCGGAAAAAGUACAUGUACUACGAUCAACUGCUUUUUCUCAUGCCCACCGUUGAAAACAAGCUACGGAUUACGAAUACCGCGGGAAAUCAAUGCAAAUCUGAGGAAAGCGAAGGCGAAGGCGACAAUCCGGUUAUAGAGGAGUCCGACGUUCCACUGGCCCACGCUGUUCCGUCUCUAACGACCGGCAGGGAAUACGUGCAAACCGGUGCUUCCUUCAAAAUGUGUCCACGUUAUCCGAAGCAAUUGUGCGAAACGUCUUUGACGUCCUUCGAUAACGAGAUUCACGAUAUCCUAUCGUCGCACAGCGGUCAACGGGUAGCGAUCGACGAGGAAGAUUACGACAAAAUGUUUCUCUUGUCUCUGUUACCGACCAUCAGGCAAAUACCCGAGGAGAAAAAGUUGGACGUUCGAAUACAAAUGCAGCAAGUAUUGGCUUCGGCUCUGCGUCCGCCGGACGAUAAAUAAUCGACCGUUACGAUUAUUCCCUUUUGAUUGCAACGAACGUUUGGAUCGACGACCGUGCCGAUAAAGAUUUUAACGACAUGCAAUUUCGCGGAACCAGUAUCGUCGAUCUUGUACCUCGAUCUUUUAGAUUAACGAGAAGGUUACGCGCGAUGAAGUUACAUAUUUCAUCAUGCAUGGCGUGUGUGUGGCAUAUACAUGUAUAUGGCUAAUAUUAUUGAGAUGCCUUAUGUGCAGGGACGAGUACAGUACAAAUCCUAAGUACUGAUUUCUGAUUGUACCAAUUACUAUUAAAGAGCAACGAUCACGUGCACUGUAAGAAUACCUCUAUCUGUGAUAUGGUCGUGUUACAUGUAGAGAUAAUAGAAUAUAAUUCGAACAAAAUGGUAUGGAUUUUCUUGAAACGUGCUACGCGGUAAGAGAUUAUACAAUUAUUAAGAUAUCGUACGAGCAGGGUAUACGUGUAACGACGUAGAGAAAUAUCGUGCUGUAUCUGAAAAUAUUUUAACAUUAUAUAGUUGAUAUUAAAAA